GCCGGUUACCGCUCAGUCACCGGACGCCAUUGAUUUCAAAAACAAAGUAUACCCUAAGGAGAUUCUAGGUGUUCCUUAUACUUCAAGUCCUGAUUAUUAGCCCACAUUCUUCACUCGUUGGCCUCUGUCUCUUUCCCCGUUAUGCGAUGGGCUGCUGUUUCUCCGAGCCAAUCGACUUCGACGGCGAGGUUAAUCUUUAUCACUUCGACCUCCACCGUGCAGUCGGGAGAGGUGCAUUUGGCAAGGUCCGUGUUGUGGAGCACAAGAAGACGAAAGUCGUGUAUGCGCUCAAGUACAUCGAGAAGAGCCAGUGUAUAAGGCAGAGAGCAGUGGCCAAUGUCAUUCAGGAACGCCGGCUACUGGAGGAGAUCGAUCAUGCAUUCGUCGUCAACCUACGCUAUGCUUUCCAGGACGACGAGAAUUGCUUCUUUGUUCUUGACCUUAUGCUCGGAGGGGACCUGCGAUUUCAUUUGGAAAGAAAGGGUCGGAUGGAGGAGAAUGUGGUCAAGUUUUGGAUAGCCGAGCUAUCGUCUGGACUAGAGUAUCUUCAUCGUCAACGGAUAAUCCACCGCGACAUAAAACCAGACAAUAUCCUGCUAGACGUGCAUGGUCAUGCCCAUCUCACAGAUUUCAAUGUCGCCAUACACUACUCGGAUCGCCGGCUUCACACUAGCGUUGCUGGGAGUAUGGCCUACAUGGCCCCUCAAGUUAUAGGCAAAAAGGGAUAUUCAUGGGAGAUAGACUGGUGGAGUCUUGGAAUCACGGCUUACGAACUCCUGUUCAACAAGCGGCCGUUCGAUGGGAAAACUGCGGACACAAUGAGGCAUUCGAUACUAAGAGACACAUUGAGGUUCCCAGAAAACGCGCAUAACGUCUGUAGUCAGGCUGGGAUACAAGCACUCAAAGGGUUUAUCGAACGAGACGUAACGGCGCGUCUCGGAUGCAGAAAGAGUGGAUUAGGGAUGGAGGAUAUCCAGCAACAUCCUUGGUUCGCCAGCAUCGACUGGGAUGUUCUGGAGGAGAGAAGCCUGAAACCUCCGUUCGUUCCUGACAUGAAACACGCAAACUUUGAUGUAUCACACGAACUGGAUGAGUUUUUGAUGGUUGAGAAACCCCUGACGCAUACUAAACGCAGGGCGAAUGCCGACUUGGACAAGUUGAAACCAGAGCUACGACAGCUAGAAGAGCAGUUCACCGUUUAUGACUUUACCAAGUCAAAACGAAAGUCUUAUUAUCCUGAUAAUCAACCUGUGACGACCUUCGCUACUGCAUCUGGUGUAUCUGAAGACCGGACAUUAUCCCAGUCUCAGACAGGGUCAGUCGUCGGUCCGACCGCCACUAUUGCAGAGCGGUCCAGAGCAGGCACCCCUACGAGCGAUUCGUUUGUCCCUCCACUCCCAGUCGAAGUCCACUAAACCAUCAUCCGCCGCAUUGUCCAAGACUAGCCAUUAACGACAUUCCCCCACGACGCUUCCUUCACCUCAUGACACUGGACGCUAUUUUUAUUGACCAUAAUCCAAUUUACAGCAGCUAAUGCACUACAACAUCUUCCUUCAAGAACACUUUCGCAAUUUGAUUUUUUGAGGCUGUCGACCUCGCGGGUUCGGGUUGACCAGCCGCCCCCGUCAUGGGCUGUAGCCGAUUUGAGUAGGGUUUAUUCUGGAACGUUUGUUCCACUGUACCAUAUUUCAUCUUCAUAUUCUUCUUGUCAUGCUCGAUGCUGUGCUUUCAAUUCAACGCGGAAUCACUACCUAUGUGGGGAC